GGGCGGAAGCGGAAGUUUUCGCCGGCGUUUCCAAGAUGAGGUCGGCCCGCGAGCACCAGGAAGCGGAGUCCUGGCUCCAGGAAGCGGCGCCCCCUCGCGUUGGCGAGUCGAGUCAGGAGGUGACAGCGAGCGCGCAGUCAUGGGCCAGUGUCGCCUCAGUGCCCCAGUGUGAGCAGGAAUCGGAGGAGGGGGAGGAGGAGCAGGAGGAGGAACAGGAGGAGGAGCAGCAGGAGCAGCAGGAAGAAGAGGAGGAGCCGGAGCCCAAAGAGGUUAUCCGCUCGGAUCGCUUCCAUCCGCAGGUGAAGCAGUCUAGCCAGCAAGAGCCAAAGGAUUGGUCCAAAACAAAAAAGCUGGGGCUGUACCAGCUCAUCCUGGAUAUCGUCAUCAUGACCCGAGUGUGUAAAAUGUUUCGCCAAGGCCUCAGGGGAUUCCGGGAAUAUUUGAUCGUGGAGACGGCUUACAGAAGGCACCCUGCCUUCUCCUUCUGGGAUGAAAAGAAGCAUGGCCGAAUCACCUUUGAUACCAUGGACUUCGUUACAGAGUCGGGUUACUUUCCUCCAAAAGCCAUUGAGAUAGCACGGAAGAAGCCUUCUUGGAGGACGGAGCAGGAUAUCCAGGCUCUCUGUAACCUCUUGCAGGUUCUGGGGAGCUACCGGAACUACUCGGAGCCCCUGCAGCAGCUUCUGGCUAAAGUCAUGCGCUUUGAAAGGUUUGGUCGCAGGCGUGUGAUCAUAAAGAAGGGGCAAAGGGGCAACAGCCUUUAUUUCAUCUACCUGGGCAGAGUCGCAGUAACCGACGAUGAGGAUGGGAGCAGUGCCUUCCUCGACCCCUACCCAUUUUUGCUGUACAGGGGCGACUGUUUUGGGGAAAUGGGUCUUCUGAGUUCUUCGGUAAGGAAGUCCACCGUGGUUUGUAUGGAAGAAACGGAGUUCUUGGUUGUUGACAAAGAAGAUUUUCUUGCUUAUAAGCUGGACAAGGAAGUUAAAAAGGAUUAUCAGCAUCGGUUUGCAUUUUUUAGGGAGAUGGAUCUGUUUCGGUCAUGGUCUGAUGAGAAGCUUUGGAAGCUCGUAGCCGUGGGCAAUGUAGAGAAGUUCUCGUAUGGGCAGCUGAUCUCAGAAGACUUUGUUGAAUCAUCCUCCAUCAUGUUUGUCUGCAGGGGCAGCUGUGAAGUCCUGCGGUUGAUAGACCUUGGGGCCUCGCCUUUCUACUAUAAGUGGAUCUGGCAGCAUCUGCAGCUGAUAGACGACAGACCUCUAGAGACCCACCUCAAGGAACCUCCUACUGUGGAGAGAUUUAAGAAAUUCUGGAUAAAAUCAUAUCCUGUACAGGACUUUAGCUCUCUGAAACUUCUGCGUCUCCAGAAAGCCUGGGAGCAACAGGGGACCAGCUUCAGCAGGAAGAUUAAUACCUCAGAAAAUAGUCUCCCAAGGACUUUGGGCGCAAAGAUCAAAUCCAGGCGUCCUCGUUUGAUCAAGUGUCCCAUGAUCAAUACCAAGUACGGCGAUCUCCCUGUGGAGGCUGCAGUGGGGGCCUAUGUCAAGAUCCACACUGUGGAAGAAGGAGAAGUCAUUGGCCUUCACCAGAUCCUCCUCCCGGAGAACCAACAAGACACUCGGCCCUUGAUCCUAGUGAGCCUGGGAACGGAGGUGAUAAGGGUGAGGAAAGAAAUAUUCUGUGAACUGAUGGAUAGCGAGAUAACAGAAAAGUUGUCCAAGUUCAAGAUCGAGUACCCCAGCGAUGGAGAUAUGUGUCAGAAGUUCCUCAUGGAGAACAGCUGGAAUAUCUUCCGGAAGGACCUGGUGCGCCUGCUGGUGGAGCCUCGCCAACGACCACCAUUCACUCCAGUUCGGCCCAAGAAGAAACAGAUCUACAACCCCAAGUCUGUGAUGCUGGAUUUGUGUAGCUUCCACAAGAAAACUAAAGGCUACCCCAUUUUUAUGGCACGCCAGAAGUACCUCCCCCCACUGAGGGUCGUCCAAGCCAUCAUAGCACCCCGGUAUAAAAUCCAAGAACUCCUGCCUCAGUAUAAGAAUGCAGGGGUCCUUGUCUAGACCCAAUAAAGGA